AUGAAUACGGAUAUGGGGAGUGUUUUGGAAUUUCUGCUUUACGUUGGUCAAGCAAAACGAAUAUUUCGUACUGGUAGGGUAAUACAUGGCGCCGACAAAGUUGAAAGUGUCGCUGCUCAUAUGUAUCGAAUGGCUUUGAUGCCAUUUUUAUUACCGACUAUAUCUGAAGAAUCAAAAAUUCGUUGUAUGAAAUUGGCGCUCGUUCAUGAUUUAUCUGAAUCAGUUGUUGGAAAUUUAACAGAAUUUGAUGGAAUACCACAAUCAGAAAAACGUCCUGACGUUGGUAGAGAAAUAUUUUCACUAUUUAAUGAAUAUGCUGAUCAAAAAACAACUGAAGCUAAACUUGUUAAAGAUUUAGAUUUAUUUGAUAUGCUUGUACAAGAGUAUGGAUAUGAAAAACUUCAAUCAAAAGAAGAAUUUUUAGACAGUUUCCUCUCGAGUUCUAAACAUAAUAUAAAAACAGCAAUAGUUCAACAAUGGCUUGAUCAGUUAAUGGAAUGUAGAUCUUCAGGAAAACAAUUUCAAUUGCCAUCCGACUCAAAUCUUAAUACACUGCUUAAACAUAUUCUUUACGAUGAACAAGGAACAUUUUUGUACAAAUUUCCAUCUUCUGAACUUCAUUCAAAAUCACAUGGUCUUAUUGCUAAUAAAAAUAAACUAGAUAGAUAA